CUGCCAUUCUCCCUCCGUAUUCGGUUUCGAUUCGGCUUUUUUAGGUUCUUGAGCCGAAAUCGACACUAAAAAAUGACGAUCAUGUCGAUGCCGAGCAGCUCAGGAUCCAAUCUGGACCCGUCGCGAGGCCGCAGCUUGUCUUAUUUCAGCAACAGCUACGUCCUCGGGCUCGCCGCCACCGCCGUCGCGCCGCUCACCGCCGUCGGCGGUCUUUUUAAUUGUUGAUCCUCAGGUGUUAUUUCUGGUGCUCUCCUUUAUAUCAAAGAUGAUUUUCCAUUGGUUAAAGAGAGCAGUUUCUUACAGGAAACAAUUGUAAGCAUGGCAAUAUUUGGAGCUAUUAUUGGUGCUGCGUGGGGAGGGUGGGUAAAUGAUGCCUAUGGGCGGAAGAAAGCCACCCUUCUUGCUGACAUGAUUUUUGCGAUUGGGUCCUUCAUUAUGUGCGCUGCACCGGACCCUUAUGUCCUUAUUUUGGGGAGGCUCCUUGUUGGUUUGGGUGUUGGAAUAGCCUCGGUUACUGCCCCAGUGUAUAUAGCUGAAGCAUCCCCAUCAGAGAUCAGGGGUGCCCUUGUCAGUACAAAUGUGCUCAUGAUCACCGGUGGACAGUUCAUAUCCUACCUUGUAAAUCUUGCUUUCACUGAGGUAGCUGGGACAUGGCGCUGGAUGCUUGGAGUUGCUGCAUUGCCAGCCAUCAUUCAGUUCUUCCUAAUGCUACUUCUGCCUGAAUCACCGCGCUGGCUUUUUCGCAAGAAUGAGAAAGCUAAAGCUAUUGCCAUACUUUCAAAAAUCUAUGAUUUUGAACGUUUGAAUGAGGAAAUCGACAUUCUUUCCAGCGCUUCAGAACUAGAUAUCUUCAGAAAGACUAAACCUGGGUGUCUGGAUGUUUUUAGAUCCAAAGAGAUGAGGCUUGCUUUCUUUGCCGGAGCUGGCUUACAGGCAUUUCAGCAAUUCACUGGAAUCAACACAGUAAUGUACUACAGCCCUACUAUCGUCCAAAUGGCCGGCUUCUCCUCCAACCAGCUCGCCCUCCUCCUCUCCCUCAUCGUCGCGUCCAUGAAUGCCGCCGGCACCAUCGUUGGCAUCUUCCUCAUCGACCGCUGCGGCCGCCGCAAGCUCGUACUCACCAGCCUCUUUGGAGUCUUCAUCUCUCUCCUCCUACUCGGUUUUUCUUUCUCUGUCGAGUCUUCCGCCAUCUCCUCCAACCUCAAAGCCAGCUAUGGUUGGCUCGCAGUUGCAGGCCUGGCUCUCUACAUCCUGUUCUUCUCACCAGGAAUGGGCCCAGUUCCAUGGGCUGUUAACUCUGAAAUAUAUCCCGAAGCUUACAGAGGGAUUUGUGGAGGGAUGUCAGCGACGGUGAACUGGGUAUCGAAUCUGAUCGUGGCUCAGAGCUUCUUGUCGAUCAUUGGAUUGGUUGGGACUUCGGUGACAUUCUUUAUUAUUGCUGGCAUCACGGUAUUGGCGUUUGCAUUUGUGAUUGCUUUUGUGCCGGAGACGAAGGGGUUGAGCUUUGAGGAGGUGGACAGAUUGUGGAAGGAGAGGGCUUGGGGGCCUGCAGGAGGUAAUUACAGGCAGAGCUUGCUUGAUUCUGAGGCAUAAUUUCAAUAGAUGUUGCCGUUGUUUCUCCUGCAUAUGCAUCGCCUUCUUAUUUUUGAAGAAGGUGGUGGUUUCUGUGCGUUGGAGAGUUAAGGUGUUAUACGAGGGGCUUGGAUUUGUUGAUCACAUAUGUGUCUAGUGUCUUUAUUUUUCUUUUUUUUUUAUCUUCUCUUUUUUCUGUAAUAUAUUGCCCGGUAAGUCCAAAUUGCUUUGUUUUCUGAAAUUGUUGUAGCAUCUCCUUCUGUAUAAUAUAUCAUCCAGUUAGUUCAGAAUUUGUAUUUUGUGCUUU